AUGGAAGCGUAUUUUCCAAAUCACCUAGAAAAAGGAAAAAUAAUAAAAUCUCCAAAAUAAGGGUUUCUUGUUGGUGUGUGUCUGCCGUCCUCACAUACUUCCUUUCUCUUCUCUUCCCUUUGCUCUCCCGCAGAAGAGAGGGAAUAUCUUAUUUUUUGUUUCUUGGCUCUCUAUAUUCCCAAAUCUUAAUUUUUAUUUUUCGAUCUCUUUAUAUUCAGAUUCAGUGUUUUACACAUCGCUUCUGUUUCUAAUCCGACGACGGAGAUUGAGUUUCUUGUCAAAAAGACCGAGGUAUGCAGCAGGGUGAUCAGACGGUGUUAAGCUUAAGACCUGGUGGUGGUCGAGGGAGCAGACUCUUUGGUGCUCCCUCUUCUUCAUCCUCCUCCUCUUCGUUAGCCUUUGGUUCCCUUUCUUCUGAUCUUCCCGUCUUUCGUCCCCAUGCUGGUGCUCCUCCUGCCUUUUCUAUCAAGGCUGGAGACUCACGAUUUGAGGGCCGUGAAUGUGUGCAGUACACUAGGGACCAGCUUCUAAAGCUUAGGGUGGCUGUAGAAGUUUCCGACGAUAUUCUUAAAAUCAAACGAGAAAUUGAAGUGGAACUCUUUGGUGAAGAUCAGAACCGGACUCGUGGAGAAAGUAACCCACCAAAUCAAAGUCAGAACCGUUACUCUGAGCCUGACAAUCGUGAUUGGCGUAACCGUUCAGCACAGUUUUCAUCUGACGGAGAGGAGAGGUCCUGGGAAUCACUUCAUGAUAGAGAAUUGGGGAACCAUUAUGACUCCAAGCAACCAGAAGCUAGUCAAUUCAAUCGUCGAGCACAAAUCUCCUUUAACCAACUGAAUUGUUCUUUUUGGAUGGUGGGGCAGUUGCGAAGCAUAUCAGUUGCUUGCAUCCCACGGCCUGCACCAGCUCCAAUGAUUAAUUUUUUCUAUAAGGAUAACAUUCAAGGAACUCUUCCACUUAUAGUUUUCAUUUUAGCUUUGUACUUAUUCCUGCGAGAGGGGGGACAAACUCCAGCUUUGGUGAAGGCUGAGGUGCCAUGGUCUGCUAGAAGGGGCAACUUAUCUGAAAAGGAUCGUGUUCUAAAGACUGUUAAAGGGAUAUUGAACAAGCUGACUCCUGAGAAGUAUGAUCUUCUGAAGGGCCAACUUAUUGAUUCUGGUAUUACAUCAGCUGACAUCUUGAAGGGGGUUAUUUCUCUAAUAUUUGAGAAGGCUGUUUUGGAACCCACAUUUUGUCCUAUGUAUGCUCUUUUAUGUUCUGAUCUCAAUGAUAAGCUCCCUUCAUUCCCAUCCGAUGAACCUGGUGGAAAAGAAAUUACAUUUAAGCGAGUCCUCUUGAAUAACUGUCAGGAGGCAUUUGAGGGAGCUGACAAGCUUAGGGAAGAAGUGGCGCAGAUGACUGCCCCUGAGCUAGAGAUGGAGCGUAGGGAAAAAGAAAGGUUGGUCAAACUUCGUACUCUAGGUAACAUUCGUUUAAUUGGUGAGCUUCUGAAGCAAAAAAUGGUACCUGAGAAGAUAGUCCAUCACAUCGUGCAGGAACUUUUGGGCCAUGAUACUAAAGGCUGCCCUGUGGAGGAGAAUGUUGAAGCAAUUUGUCAGUUCUUCAAUACUAUUGGUAAGCAGCUUGAUGAGAGCCUGAAAUCACGACGCAUAAAUGAUGCAUAUUUCAAUAGACUGAAGGAAUUGGUCACAAAUCCUCAGCUUGCUUCAAGACUGAGAUUUAUGGUUCGUGAUGUUCUUGAUCUGCGUGCUGACAAUUGGGUUCCAAGGCGUGAAGAGGUGAAAGCCAAAACAAUUACUGAAAUCCAUUCUGAAGCCGAAAAAAAUCUUGGGCUGCGUCCCGGUGCUACUGCAAGUAUUAGAAAUAGUCGUAUUGUUUCUGUUGGUCCAAUUAGUCCUGGGGGUUUGCCCAUAACUCGUCCUGGUACUGGAGGUUUGAUGCCUGGAAUGCCGGGAACUCGGAGAAUGCCUGGUAUGCCUGGAAUGGAAAAUGAUAACUGGGAGGUUCCUAGAACACGAUCAAUGCCAAGGGGUGAUGGACUGGGUAUGCUACCUGUAGGGCGUGUUCCCUCACCUUCAAUCAAUAAACCAACUUCAGUGAAUCCAAGGUUGUUGCCUCAAGGUAGUGGUGGCCUAAUGAGUGGUAGGACAAGUGCCCUGUUGCAGGGAAGCUCAUCCCCUCCUGUGGCACAACCUUCUCUUCCUGCCAAACCUGUUCUGGUGGCUGCUGUGUCUCCAGCUUUGGAGAAACCAGUUACACCAGCUUCAAGACUGAAUCAAGAUGAACUUAGUAGAAAAACAAAGGCACUGUUGGAGGAAUAUUUCAGUGUUAGGCUGCUGGAUGAAGCAUUGCAGUGUGUGGAGGAACUAAAAUCUCCGGGGUACUAUCCCGAGGUUGUGAAAGAAGCGAUCUCUAUUGCCUUGGAGAAAAUCCCACCUUGUGUCGAGCCAGUUUCAAAGCUUAUAGAAUACUUGUUUAUUAAGAAAGUUCUUACAGCUAGAGACAUAGGGACGGGGUGUCUGCUCUAUGGUGCCUUGUUGGAUGAUAUUGGCAUUGAUUUACCAAAAGCACCAAAUAAUUUCGGAGAAAUAAUUGGGAAACUUGCAUUGGCUGGGGGAUUAGAUUUUAAUGUGGUAAGGGAAAUCCUUAAGAAGAUGGAAGACGACCUGUACCAAAAAGCUGUAUUUGAUGCAGCAAUGAGGAUUGUUAGCUCAAGUCCUUCGGGGCAAGCUGUGUUGGAGGCACAGGCAUCUGAGGUCAAGGUUUGUCAGAGUCUAUUCUAAUUUUGCAGUCUACUCUUAAAGUCAGUGUCCGCAAGGGCUUCUGCUUAUCAUCGAGCACUUCGAUAUCAAUGAUUUCCUCCCCAUUUUGAGGCGACCAACUUGUAUUAUUUAAUGAAGUGGAGCUGCCAAGGACAGUAAAAUUUUAUUGAGUUGUAUAUUUCUCCUGAGGUAAUAGCGGUUUGUUUAUUGAGAAAAAGAGAUGAAACUAUAGCAUGGGUAUUGCCGUUGAGUGUGGCAUGCUGAAAAUCUCGGGCAGAAUUGUCACCCUUAGGAAUCCAGUUGUUUUGUAUUUGAUUAGUUUUUGUUUUCUUUUUCUUUUUGACAGAGUAAUUUAGUUUAUUUUUGAACCGAGUGUCAUAAAUCUGAGUUCUUUUACUUUUACGACAAUGAAAGUGAAAAUCUAUCACAGCCUUUAGUUUUGAGACA